AUCCUCAUCAGCCUCUGAGUUCAUCAACCAGCAGUCUUUUACAUUCUUUUCAGUCCUUCUUUUCGAUUCUUUGCCUUUCGCAAAUCACCUUCUUUUCAACCAACCAUCUAAAACAUUCGUUACUGCUAGUUCAGAAUGAAGUUCUCCGCUGCUCUUAUCGCCGCCGUCGCCCAAGUGGCUUCCGCUCACUACUUCAUGGACAAGGCCAUUGUCGGUGGAGUCGAGACGCCUGCCUUCAAGUACGUUCGCCAGUCGACUCGUGCUACCAAGUACAACCCCAUCAAGUUCUCCUCCAACCCCGCGGCCGACAUCCGCGACAACUCCCAUAUCGAUGGUCCCGAUAUCGUCUGCAACCAGGGUGCUUUCUCCUCUGCCGGCAAGACCGAUGUCCUGACCGUCAAGGCUGGUGACGAGAUCCGCCUCAAGCUCGCUGUCGGCGCCAAGUUCCAGCACCCCGGUCCCGAAUUUGUCUACAUGGCCAAGGCCCCCAGCAGUGUCAAGACCUUUGACGGAAAGGACGGCGCCUGGUUCAAGAUCCACGAGCAGGGUGUCUGCGAUGGCGGCGAUUUCACCUCUACCGCCUGGUGCGAUUACAACAGGGAUUACAUUUCGGCCAGGAUCCCCAAGGACACUCCCAACGGAGAGUACCUCGCCCGCUUCGAGCACAUUGGUGUUCACCGCUCCCACGUCAACCAGCCCGAGCACUACGUCUCUUGCAUGCAGAUCAAGGUUGAGGGUGGCGGCAGCGGUACCCCCGGUCCCACUGUCAAGUUCCCCGGUGCCUACAAGGCCUCUGACCCAUACGCCAACUUCAGCAUCUACAACGGCCGCAAGGCUUUCCCCAUGCCCGGUCCUACCGUCUGGAAGGGAGGUGCUGGAACCGCCAGCGCUGGUUCUUCCCCUGCCGCCCCUGCCAACAACGCCCCUGCUGCUCCUGCUGCCACCACUCUCGCCACCAAGCCCGCUCCUGCUGCCACUCCUGCUCCCGCUGCUGGCUGCGCUGCUCAGUGGGCCCAGUGCGGUGGCGCUGGCUUCAAUGGCGCCAAGUGCUGCGCCAAGGGCUCUUGCAAGACCAUGAACCCCUACUACUCCCAAUGCCAGUAAGCGUCUCGCGCUCUGGUAUGAUAAAAAAGGUUCAACGGUGAUGCGUGAACGAUGAUGGUGGAUGGGCGACUUGCCUACCACAACCCCCCCUUCUUUGGCUUCCGGGCUACUGUACAAUCUUUCUCAAGGGCUUUCCUGGGGACUGGGCUACUUUGACUGCUAGUUUUCCCCUGUAUAUACUCGAGGCUCCAUACUUUCUUGUCAUAUAAAUCAUUUAGUUUUCUGAUUCUUGCUCCACAUGCUACUUUCCAUGAGUGAUGUCUAUUGUCAUGAACUGGUAUUUUUUGUGAACAGUCAAUGGUGUUGGAAAAUAAU